UAAAUCACCUCCAACUCCAUCUCAUCCCAUAUACCACUAUUUUCCAGUUUCAUAAUUUCCCAUCUAAAAAUCCUCAAUUGUGCAUCAAAAGAAAAAACAAAAAACAAAAAAAAAAAACAAUUAAAAAGAAAAUGGCAGCCAUGAACUCCAGCAUUUUGGCUUGCAACUAUGCCAGGUCAGGUACUGAGCUUAGCUCAAAAGUGAGCUGUCUGCCCUCAGUUGCAACUCCAGUUCAAAAGUUGCCUGUGAUCAGAGCCCAAAAGCUUGAUUCUGACCAAUCCGGAAGAAGGGCCGCCCUUCUCAGCCUUAGUGCUGCCCUUUUCACCGCCACUAUCUCUUCUGCUGGCAACGCCGGUGUCAUUGAGGAUUAUUUGGAGAAGAGCAAGGCAAACAAGGAAUUGAAUGACAAGAAGCGGCUGGCCACGAGCGGUGCAAACUUUGCCCGAGCAUACACUGUUCAGUUCGGGACAUGCAAAUUCCCUGAGAACUUCACUGGUUGCCAAGAUCUCGCCAAGCAAAAGAAAGUACCAUUUAUUUCUGAUGACUUGGCCUUGGAGUGCGAAGGGAAGGACAAGUACAAGUGUGGUUCGAACGUGUUCUGGAAAUGGUGAAAGAUGAUGUAAAAACAUUACUUGGAGCAUGUAUCUAAUUUUUCUGGUUCAAAAGAUCCAUUUUGUGAACAUCUAUUAUGUUUUUGUUUUAUUUAUUUGCCCUGCUACGUUUCUUGCUUCUUUGUAUGCUAUGUUGUUAAGUAUGACAGUUGAUUUAUUCGUAGGCAGGACAUGGCAACACACCAGCGAGUGUAAAAUAAAUCCAGAUUGCAAUUCUGGCUUGGCACUACCUCACUAAUUAUGAGAGUUUCUGUUUUAACUGAUAAAUAAUCUUUAUACAAUAAUGGCGCUGUUUCAUUGCCAACACCAUCAC